AUGGUCGUUCCUGUUGUUCUCCCGGUUGUUGGUGAAACCGGAGAAGGGUCUAGGCCGGUCCGGAGACAUCUAUUAUUUGGAAAUGCUGGCAUUCCAGACACUGACGGUGGAGUUGGAGAUUCAAACUCUGAUUCAGAUGAUUCUGAAGAAUUACCAGUAGACGAUGGUCUACACUGGGGUAAAUUCGAUGAAGCACUCCACGAGAUGCUAAACAACCCGUAUACGCCAGCUUUUUUUGGAAGGGAUGCUCCACCUGUAUUCAACAAUCGGGAGGAAACAGGGGUUGACACGGCUCUGGCCGACAUCCAAUACGAGGGAGAUGACUUUUAUGUGGGUCGUGUUUUCAAAUCCAAAGCCGACUGCAAAAUCAAACUUGCAAUACAUGCUAUAAACCGGAAGUUCCAUUUCAAGACCACGCGUUCAAGCCCUUCCAUACUACUUGCACAAUGCGUUGGUGAUGCAUCCCCAUGGCGCGUGUAUGCGGUCUUGUUGGAUGCAAGUGGGAACUUCCAAGUCAGACAAGCUAACCUAGUUCACUCUUGCACCGUUGACGACCGUAGAAACUACCACAAACUUGCAACGACUAUCGUGAUUGGGCAGAUAUUGCAAUCUCGUUUUGUUGGUAUUAAGAAGGGCCCCACUGCCGCCGCAAUAAAGAAAAUAUUGCUAGAUGAAUUUCAUGUCAACGUUUCAUACUGGAAAGCUUGGAGAGCUAGAGAGAUGGCGAUUGAGCACGCAAUGGGGACAAUGGUUGGAAGUUAUGCACUGAUACCUCCAUAUUUGGCACUCCUUCAGUCUUCUAAUGGAGGAACCGUAUGCUACGUGGAAAGUAUGGAUGAAGAAGAAGGUGGAACACGGUUUCAAUACUGUUUUGUUGCUUAUGGAGCAUCGGUGGCCGGGUAUUCGUGUAUGCGGAAAGUUAUUGUUGUUGAUGUGACGUCACUUAAAGGGAAUGAAAACGACGAUGCUUGGGAAUGGUUUUUCCAGAGGCUACAAACUUUUGUUGUCGAUACCCCGGGCUUGGUUUUCAUCUCUGAUCACCAUCCAAGUAUCGCCACUGGACUGAGGAAGGUAUACAACCAUGCUCAGCAUGUCAUAUGUGUUGUCCAUCUGUGGAGAAAUGUGAUGGCAAAAUACAAGAGUAGCAGACUCGCCAACCUUAUGUCCGCUGCUGCAAGAGCUUUCACCGUGACUGAAUUUAAUAAGAAGUUUAUUGAAAUACAGAAAAUCAGCCCAAAUUGCGCGGCUUACUUGGUUGAUAUAGGGUUCGACCAGUGGACUAAGGUUCAUUUCAGGGGGAACAGGUUCAACAUAAAGGAUUCAAACAUAGCUGAAUCCUGGAAUGGGUUCGCAUUGCGUCGAACGAAAUCAACCCGGGAGCAAGGAACUAUCACCCCAAAUGUCAGGAAACUCGUGGAGGAAAACUUUGAUCUCUCCACCGCUAUGGCUGUACGUGAUAUAGCCGAUCUUGAAUACCAAGUGCAGGACCCCGCCGGGGAGUGCUUCACAGUUUUAUUGGGUCCCGGUACUUGCACAUGUGGUGAGUAUCAACUAAUAUGGAUACCCUAUAUGCAUGUGCUUGCUUGUUCAACCAGGGUUGGAUUUCCAUCUGAUGCGCUGGUGGCACCGGCAUACCGUGUACCAACAUGGCGCCAAGGCUUCAUCGGAAAAAUCUAUCCGGUCCCAUCUGUUGGUGGAUUAGAACUCGGAUCUGGAACUAGAGCUCCAUUACUUCCACCGGCAGUACGCCGCCCACCUGGGCGUCCUAGGAAAGUCCGCAUCCUAUCACGUGGGGAGUACAAGAAAGGAGGAAGCUCGUCAAACAGGAAAUGCAAACGUUGUGGCCGUUCGGGACACAACAGGGCAUCCUGCCGCAACCCAAUAUGA